AUGUCUACUUUCAUACGAGGUCCCGAGCGUAAAUGCCGAAGAUCACACAAGAAUUCACGAGAUGGAUGUCCAAAUUGUAAAGCAAAAAGAAUAAAAUGUACAGAGGAACUUCCCUCAUGUUUCAAUUGUAUCAAGAAGAAUUAUCAAUGUGGAUAUUUGAACUUCCCCAAGGAGAAGCUUGAGUUUAUCCGGAAGAAGAAUGACCGUAAGAGUCGAGAGAUUCAGUAUGAGGAUGAUCCCAUGGAUGGAGCGGGUGAAUGGACUCAGACUGAAGUGUUGAGACCUUUUGAACGGGUGGGGGAGACUUUUAAAGAUGGUCAGACAUUUGAAGUCGAUCAGAGACAUUUUGAAGAGCAAUCGAACCAAUUUGGGAAUUAUACUCAUGAGAAUAAGAAUAGUCAGCAUGGGUCGCAGACUCAUGCUGAGGUUCAUUCUGAUCUUCAGGGACAAUUUGGUCAUGGACACUCUCAAGGACAGGGGAUAGGUCCUUCUAAUGAACAGCAUCAUGGACAACAUCAUGCGCAGCAUGAUGGACAGCAUGAUGGACAGGCUCAUGGACAGCUUCAUGGACAGUCUCAUGGACAACAUCAUGUGCAACAUGAUGGACAGACUCAUGGACAGUCUCAUGUACAAUCUCAUGGACAGACUGGAGAAACUCAAACUCAAGCUGCGCUUUCGCAAGCCUCGCUUUCGCAAGCUUCGCAAGCUUCGCAAGCUUCGCUUACACAAGCUCAAGCUUCGCUUUCGCAUGAUGACUACUACCAAUUCUCCUUCACCCCCCAAUCAAACUUCAUAUUUGAUGCCCCCAUUGACGAUACCAAUAUUUCCCCCUCUUCAAAUGGUUCCACCUCCCAUACCAGCACCUCCAUCAGUACCGUUUCUGGAUAUAAUCAACCCAAACAACAGAAUCUCCACACCCACACCCCUUCCUCCCAAACCCCAGGAUCUCUGUUCCAACAACACCCUCAGAUCUCCUCUUCCUCCCAUUCAAAUAUCCCCUACACCAAAUUUAACCAUCCUCAUCAUCAUCAUCCAUCACCCCCACCCGCUCGUAGCGUCACCCCCAACCCUUUUCAAACCCCACCAGCUAACCUUAAACCAACCACAAUCAAAACGGUUCUUCUGUCGUUGGCCGCACAACCAAAAUCCCAACUGCCACGAACCGCAGCGCGUCAAUUCACUCGCCGGGCCUUAGAACGAGAUAACCGACUUCCAGGAACCCUGCACCUGCAAGGGAACCAAUCCACAGUACCACCCCUUACAGCAUCGGGUGGCCAAGACUCUUGGAACCAAGCACUGAAUGCUCCAGGGAACUACCACCACCACCACCACCCUUUGCCUCUGCUGAUGAUGAAGGCACUCCCUCACGCUGUCCACUCACCAACUUCCUUCAAACGAAUUAAAAAAUUGGACCGUCUCCAGAAUACAUAUCUUCAGCGGUACCUCAAACAUUACCGCUCCGACAUACGACAACUUAACAACUUGGAGUUCCGCAAUGUGGCGCCCGUAUGGAACCAUAAGAUUGCUGAGGGCUUCUGGACUUCGGUGUACAACCAGUCCGUGGUGUUGGACUUGUACUUCUCUUUCUUCAUGGACCGGUCUUUGAAUCUCUUGCUCCACAAGUGUAUCUCCACAUUGGACGACGAAGGGUUCAAGCAGGAGGAGGAUCUCUUCAUCAAGUACCAGGACACAGAGUUGUACAAACAGUACUUUUUCCACCCGAACGACGUCAAGCUGUUGACCCACAUGUCGUACACGUACUACGGCCAUCUCAUCAAGGACUUGCGUGAGUCCUUAACCCUUAUCCAUGCCGAGUACCCAGCCAAGAUCUCACUCUUUGCUGCGUGGUCAACUUUUUUACAUUCUCACCUGUCUGUCGACACAUUUUGUCUAUUGCUCAGUGGGACCACAACACUUUUCUGUAAAGUGUUUGAAUCUGCCAUGACAUUGAAUCAGAUCCCACCCACGGUCAACACCGCGUACUAUGUGUUCAUCAACCACUCGAACUGUGCAUUGAUACCAGACUACGACUUCACGGUGAUUGAAGAGUUGUGCAAAGACUUGAUCCUGUUCAAGAACUACUCACGGAACUUGAGUGUUGAGAAGUAUGACCUGGACCGGAUAAAGCGUGAUGUUAAAUUGGCUCGUCAUUCGUAUGACUUGGAGCAUUUCCUACAUGCAUUGAUCGAGGAGUAUUACCCGAGGAUUGUAGAAGUGAAUAGGAAGAUGCGCCAACAGCAGCAGCAACAUCAGACAGAGCUGGCAGAGCUGGCUCUGCAGCUGAACAUCUACUACGUACAAGUACGAGUCUUCUACCAAUUGAUUUCCCAUUGGUACCGGAUCUACCCCAGUGAGGCGAUCCCAAUGGGAUCCAAAUUCAAUACCAUUCGGAAGACAUUCUACUUGUUCUUCUCUGCCAUUGGUAAGGCGCUUAGCCAUGUGCUCACGCCGAUCCGGAGCUUGAUGUUGGUGGAUCCGUGCAAUACGUUCUGCCCUAGAACGGACUUUGAUCCGCAGAUCUACGAAGUUGAACCUGAAUACGACAAGGAUGAGCCUUUACUUGGUGAUGACUUUCUAUUCUACCAACAAUUAUCGCGCAAGUUACUUCGAAUCGCAUCCUUCUUCAACAACCGGGUCAUCAUGUACCUGUACUACCUUCUGACCACCACGGUGCUUGACCACGAGUACAUCCAGCACCAUGUACCGCAGUCCAAGACCGACUUGCCCGACGUGUGCCAGCUUCUCCCGCGGAAGUUGCCCGUCCAGGAAACGUUUAUCCGCAAUUUCAGUGCAGACUUGGUAAUAGGCCCCGAACAUUACCCGGUGUUGCCCGGCUUCCAAGAAGAGAUUGAGCGCAUCACACGGGAUCGUACGCGGAUCAAGACCGAGUUGGGGGUGUCUCCAUCGAACAACGACCUGUUCUGCUACAAGACCGGGUUCUAUGAACGCGACUACAACCCGGAGAGUUGGACAGCACUCAUCAUCAUGCGACAACAGCAGGCAUGGGAGGACGAGAGAACCACCCUUCAACAGCUGCAGAUGAGGAUGCACAAUUUUGAUUUGGGAAGACAACAAGUGAGCAAUAGCAUUAAGUAUGAGCUGGUGUAG